AGGAGGCAAUGGCACUAACGCUAACCUCACUCAAAAUCCGACCGAUUAUUCCUACCCGAUUCAAAUUUCCCGCCACACUUGCCCGAGAAACCUCAAAUUAUCUUUUAAUUCCCCUCCAAUGUCUACCCCAAGCUCUCAAAUAGCAACCAAGUCUCGACCGACCCACCACUCCAACCCCAAACCAAGACCCUGGACGAUGGCAUCGCCAUCGAAAACCUCAAAAUCAUUGCCAAACUUAAGUCCAGAUACAGCUACAUUCGCGUUCUUGAAUUCUCUCGUAAAGUCGAUCACCCUCUUACCGGCUGUAGACUCCUCCUCCUAGAUGCCUAGGAAAACAUCCAUGGCAUUUCCUUUCGCUUCAAAUUACUCACUGAUACCUAUUUUGACGUUUUCACCACUUUGCCUCCCAUUUUGUUCGCUGGAUCUGUGGCCAUGUUCUGCGGCCUGUUUAAUACUGUAGUUGUAUCCAGAAGCGGCGGUUCACCGAUGGGAGCUUGAUCAUCUGUGAUUGCAGUGGGCAGAGAGUAUUUUGGCCUUGAGAGCCUCGAAAAGCAGAACCCCGAGAGUUUUUAUUUAAAUUGGAAAUGCAUUGACGUUAAAAUCCAAUGUUAAAGACGGUUUUCGGGGAUUUUGUUGAUCUCUUUGGCGAGGGUAGUGUGAUCCCCGAGCUUCAAGAUCCAAACACUUGGGAGGAGUUAAGCAGGUGUCUGAGGAAAGGCGGAAGAAUCACGGUGAAUGUUGGGGGUCGCUGUGUGGAGACGAAGGAUAAGAGGAGGGACGGCGAUGUGGUUAUGGGGGAUACUUUGAAGGCUAUGCAUCAGGUAUUCGGUGACGAUCUUUUUGUUUUGAGUCUUGGAAAUGGAAAGGACGACUGCUCGAUUGCUCUUACGUGGGCACGCACCAUUUAUGUGUUAGUCUGGUAUUGUUUUUAUGGUGCUUCUUAUACAAUUGAACUUGUGGAAUGAAGGGAUUUUAUUGAGAAAUGUAUUAAUGCUCUUUUUGUAUUUGUGUGUAUUCCUGUAUGAAUCAACAUUAGAUGUUUUUCUUA